AUGUCCAUUUUGGCCAGACGGUUGAGAAAUUUAAGGAUUACAGUUGAUCAUGCCAACAAGUCGACUGAAGUUUUUACGAGUGUAUCACAAGGAGAUGUAGAUUUUGCCAAAGAUUAUUCGGAACUACCGGGCCCAAAGUCGUUACCGUUAUUGGGCAAUAAUUGGAGGUUUAUGUCAUAUAUCGGUGACUACAAAGUAACCGAAAUAGACAAACUCUCAUUGAGAUUAUGGAAAGAAUACGGAGACAUUGUAAAAAUCGAAAAAUUGCUCGGGAGACCGGAUAUGGUGUUUCUGUACGACGCGGACGAGAUUGAAAAAGUAUUCAGAAAUGAAGAACUUAUGCCGCAUCGACCAUCUAUGCCAUCCUUAAAUUAUUACAAACACGUUUUAAGGAAGGAUUUCUUUGGUGAUCUGGCUGGUGUUAUAGCAGUCCAUGGUGAAAAAUGGUAUGAAUUUCGAACUAAAGUACAACAACCUAUGCUGCAACCGAGAACAGCAAAAUUUUACAUUGGGACUAUUGAAGAUACGGCAAUAGCCUUUGUCAAUAGAAUAAAAAAAAUAAAAAAUAAAGACCAAGAAGUUCCUGACGACUUUUUAAAUGAAAUUCAUAAAUGGUCGCUUGAAUCUAUCGCCAAAGUGGCAUUAGAUCAAAAACUCGGGUGCCUCGAAGAUGAACACGCAGUAGACUCGGAUACGCAAAAUUUAAUAGAUGCCAUUAACACGUUUUUUGCUAAUGUCCCGGAGUUGGAAUUAAAAAUACCAUUUUGGAAAUUAUUUAGUACUCCAACUUGGAGAAAGUACAUAAAUGCGUUGGAUACCAUUACCAAUGUUACAUCUAAACACAUAAACCGAUCAAUGGAUCAACUUUUAUCUCAAAAAUCAUUUUGUCCAGAUAGCCAAUCAUCUUUGUUACAAAGAGUGCUUAGUUUGGAUCCAUCAAAUCCUAAAUUAGCUCAGAUACUAUCGUUAGAUAUGUUUAUCGUCGGCAUAGACACGACUUCUGCAGCUCUUGCGUCGAUUCUUUAUCAAUUAAGUCGACAUCCAGAUAAACAAAAGAAACUUAGGGAAGAAAUACGAACCGUAUUGCCGAAUGCUGAUUCAAAAUUGACCUCCAGCAAACUUGAACAGCUGCAGUAUCUAAAAGCAUGCAUAAAAGAAACGUUGAGAAUGUAUCCGGUGGUUAUUGGAAAUGGUCGCUGCAUGACCAAAGAAACAAUAAUAAGUGGAUAUAAAAUUCCAAAAGGAGUGCAAGUCGUGUUUCAACAUUACGCUAUCAGCAACAGCAGUAAAUAUUUUUCACAGCCAGACCAGUUUUUACCGGAAAGGUGGUUAAAAGGAAGUGGAUACAAACAUCAUCCGUUUGCUAGUUUACCAUUUGGUUAUGGCAAAAGAAUGUGCUUGGGCCGUAGAUUUGCCGAUUUGGAACUUCAAACAGUUGUUUCAAAGAUUUUUCAGAAUUUUGAAGUCAAGUAUGAGUAUGGUGAUUUGGAAUACACUGUACACCCGAUAUACAUGCCAGAUGGCCCAUUGAAAUUCAAAAUGAUUGAAAACUAA